UUUUGUUUUUUUUCCGAGUUUUUUUGUUGUCAACAUUACAAGAUGUGACGACGGGAUGCGCCCAUUAGUGUGGACCAGAGGGAGAAAAUGCAUCACUGGGCCUCAGCUCCAAGAGCAGGAUUUGCGGAUUUUGACAGGAGGUUGUGAAAAAUGGCCCAGUCAGGUGGCGGCUCGUCCCGACGUGGGGCUCAGGCUCCACUGCCGGGCGCACAUCCUCAUCCCCCUCCCCCCCACACACACGAUCCAGUGUCCUUGCCCUACCACUGGCAUGACAAGCAGGAACUCAUCCAGAGGGAGCUGGAGGAGGCCCGAGCCCGUGCCACGCAGAUGGAGAAGACCAUGAGGUGGUGGUCAGACUGCACUGCCAACUGGAGAGAAAAAUGGAGCAAGGUAAGGAGUGAGCGCAACAAGGCACGGGAGGAGGUGAGGAUCCUCCGCGGGCGUCUCGAGGUCUCCCAGAGAGAGACUGGGGUCCUUAGACGGGAGAAGAACGACCUGGAAGCCCAAAUGGCCCUCAUAACCCAGACACACAUGAUGAGGUCGCGGAACAAAGACGACCUGGUGGAAAAGCCGACCGAUCUGAGAGACCAGGUAGAUACGGAGGAUAUUAACAACCACAAAGGAGACUCGCCUGAGAGAGAUGGCAGCACUCCCGCCCGUCCAAUUACCCAGACUGAAGCAGAGAAGCUGUCCAGCGACGAACUCCAGUUCAUCCGUGAUGCCAAGAACACCAACUUCAGCCUCCUAGAGGAAAUGUUUGGCUCUCGUGGAAGCCACCAUGAGGAGAGUGUAAAUGUGGAGGCAGGCAUUCCCCAGAGUGGCGUCGAGAAUGUGUCUGUGUACGCCCACAAGGCCAGCGAGGCCUCCCGCCUGAGUGAGAAGUGCCGUGCAGGACGUGAGGUCAAGGACCUCAUUUGUGAUGAGUACUUGAAAGAUAGUGCAGUGAAGGAGAUGCCCGAAAAUUGCCACCACCCACAGCGAGAGAAUGACGUGGAGGAGAAACUAAUCCACAACCAGCAGCAGGAACAGGCAUUCAGAGACAGUGCAAUAUUGCCACCCACUGGGAGUGGCAACAGCAGUACACAGCCGUCCCCUUCCCACAGAAUAUCAACCAUGUCAGACCCUUUACCAGACACAUGCCACAUCAAUCCUAGAAUAUCAGCAGUGUCAGACCCCAUGAGUGAAGUGUGCGGCGGUAGCGAGUGUAGUGAGGGAGGCUACGAGGAGCCUAUCCGACCCAGCGAUACCUGUGCCAAUGCCAACCCUGGUGCCAACAGGAGAGGCUGGAGGACAAACAAUGGUGGAAGUGUGAUGGAAAGCAGCACUGGAGGCUCAGUUAUGGAUGACACUGGCAUCACCCCCGAGCAAGAAACCCUUGAACAGCAGCUAAAGAUGAUGAAGCUGCGGCUGGAAGAAGCCACGAAGACCAUUCAGGCAGAGAGAGAUGAAAAAUUGAUACUCCACCGUGAGGUUUCAAAAUGGCAGUCAGAGGCCAAUGAAUUACGUGCCCGCCUGGAGGACAUCCGAGCAUCUCGACAAGAGGCUGUCAAGGAAUUGGUCUCGCUCCGCACCCAACACCAAAAGGAAGUUCAGUGCUUGCAGCUGGAGAUGCUGGAUGAGGCAUCAUCAAGAGAAUGUGUCGAUCGUAGGCUAGCAGAUCUCCGAGCAGAACUGGAACGUCUGCAAGAAGAAAAUGCAAAAGAAUGGGGGCGAAGAGAGAGGCUAGAGAGCGAAAAAAUAGGCAUGGAAAGGGACAACAAGAAGCUUAGAGCACAGGUCAGUGACUUAGAAGAGAGGUUGGACAAGAGAAACAAACUCGCAGCUUCAACCCCCGAUUCUGACGUUGCCCAGCUGAAGCAAGAGAUUGCAGAUAAAUAUAAGGAACUGUCGGAACUCAAGCAUGCACAUGCCAAGCUCAAGAAAGUCCUGGCCGACAAGUCAGUGGAACUCCAGCACACAACCCGACGAGCCGACCAGUACGAGAGUGAGGUGAAGCGCCUCAGAGGUCGGGUCGAAGAGCUGAAGAAGGAGCUGGCAGCUUCAGAGGAUGAGGUCGACGGUGCUACCAAUAAUAUCAGGAAACUGCAACGAGGCAAUGACGAGCUCCAGGAAACCGUUGAGAACCUAGAGCUGCAGGUGGAGCAUCUGCAGUCCCGUCUACGCUCCUCCCAGGCUGCUUCACUACCUCUUCGCACAGCCAACUUACUCCAGGAUUCGGAUGACGAUCAUGCACAAUUUUGAGAAAUGGAAGUGAUCUAGGCAUAGCUACCAUAAGAAACAAAAGGUACUUGUAGAUGGUAUAUAUAAAUGGUAUAUAUAGAUAUAUUCACAUAUAUAUUUAAAGGUUUAUAUAGCAGUUUUGUAAAUUAUUAAAAAAAAGAAUCUUCCUAAUCUACUUCAUCAUUCGCUGAUAAUCGACAUGACGACUCCAUGUAGAGUUGACCAGUGUAGAGAAAGUUUGCUGGUUAUAACAGUACUACAAGUCAUGGGCACUUGCUAACCAUUCCCCGUAAAGCAAACAGAAAAGGGACGGAAGCCAGGUUGUGGCCAAGGAAUAAGAAGAGAUAGGAUAAAAGGAGUAUCAAGUAUGCUUGCCUGACACAUGUAAAGUUACUUGUAAGUUACAAGUGCCUCUCAGACAUGUUAAACUAAUUCUCUACUCCGUCUAUGUUAGGUGCAUUAAGCAGUGUUUGAGUAGUGAUUCAUAACUAAUCAAAGACAGAACUAAAGAAACAGACAAGUACUCUUAUGGACUCAUGAAAAAAAUAAUACAUUUCACCAAAACAGAUAUUUAUAUACAUUAGGUAAUUUACAUAUAAAAUUUAUGAUCUGACUUCUCAGAUAACAUAGCAAAUUUAUGUACACUCAUACACAUACUGUAGAUAUGACACAGACAUACAAGAUCAUAUAUACAUACACAGAUGUAUAUUUUUUCUAUUUUUAGUCACACUCAUACAAAAAUUCAUGCAUACAUACUGUAUAUUUAGAUAUUCAGUGGCAAUAACAGAUGGAGGAAAAGAAUAUCAUUUAUGGUUAAAAACUGCAAACCAUGCAUAAUAUAAGAAUUCAUUUAGGUUCAUCACAAAGACAGUGGGAAGAGAUGAUAAUAACAUAAAGAUUUAUUAUGAGAGAAUACAACUUUGUGGUUUGUGAACACCACUGUCAUAUGUGAUAAAUAGAACCUUACGCUGAUAGACGCACUGCCAAGUUCGUCAAACACGCUCCUCAUUGGUAGCUCAAAUGUACGUGCAGUAAUAUUUACUGUGUAUUGGAGAAGUGUGUUGGAUGCCUGUAAGAACCCUUUUAGCCUUAUAACUGUGGUAUCUGACUGUCAGUUUCAGGCAGGAAAAUGUAGGAUGAAAGGAAAAGAAAUGGCAUAAGUUUCUCUUCUUUGGCAUUAUAUGAUGAUGAUGGUACAGUUGCCUCAAGAAGUUCCUGUGUACCCUUUGUGAUAAUUUCUCUUGAUAUGACACCCUCUCAUUAGUAGCGUAACUUUAUGGCUGAACGGGCAUUCAUUCUGCAUUGACAUUAGGUACAUAUGGUAUGACAGAUAUCAGAAUGGCAGGCAGCAUUAUGGUAAUAUGGGAACGGUUAGAAUAUCGCCAGGGGAAAAGAAAGUUUUAGAGGCAGCUGUGCUGGGACUCAUUUGUUUUUUUCUGUCUUUCUUUAAUUCAUUCAUUCAUUUAUGUGUUUAAUUGCAGUGAUAUUUAAGAAGGUGUUUACUGCCGGACUUCUCCUGAAUAUGCAAUCAUUUCUAUCCACUCUUCAUUUUUAUUUACAAGAAUUGAGACUGCCAGAUAAGUGUUACAUAUAUGUGUAUGUUAUGUAGAGAGUUAUGUUGAAUCUCAAGCAAACUGUGAAGGGUUAAGACAAAGAGAAGAAUGUAAUUGUGUGUUCAUGUUUUAGUAUUUUCUUUUAUUGUACAGUUUCAUCAAGUUGGAGUUGAUGUUUAUUUAUAAAGAUGAACUAGAGCUGCUGUGUGCUUUUAUGCAGGCAAUGUGACAGUUGAGUGUGCAUUUUGAAGGGAAAUACUUCUUUUAUCUAAUGCCAACACUAUUAUCCCUCCAUUACUCCCCCAAGUGAUUAGUUUUAAGGCCAUAAAAUACUCAUUGUCACUUUCAAUGGAUUUCACGGUUUUGUUACUUGUAUGUUUUGUGUAAUCCAACCUGAGUAUCUUAUCCACUUUACGUUUUGAUUCUCAUUUGUUCUUGACUUUUUUCAAUGAACAUAAAGCAUCUUCUGCACAUGACUGAUAUUUAAAACCAGAUUUAAGUUUUGUUUUUUGGAAAGAUAUUCUAACUAGUUAUUGCUGUAUGAAUAAGCUUUGCUACUAAACAAUAUAUUUUUUUUGUUAAUAAUUAUACACAGAAUCUCUCUUUUCUAGUACUAGACAUAACUAGCACUCUCUCUAACUUGAAAUUUCAUAGAAUUGGAAAAGAUAAAAUAAGGUAUUGCAUAAAUACAAACCCUCAUCCAAAGCAAUAGUUAUAGAAAUACUUGAUAGAAAUUAUUUUAGCAAAUUUUGCCAGCUGAUUAGAAAAUAGUUACAAUGCAAAAGCCAUCCAAACCAUUACCCGUGUUGAUUAGAUUUCAAAAGUCCCUCCCUGAAUUUUUGUAUAUUUAGAAAAUGAGAAUCAGUUUAUAUGAAACAAUUCAUCCUCAUGAUUGGUGAUUUCUUGUAAAUUUCCAGUGCUCAUUGAGGUCUUGAGGAGCUGAAACUAGUUCUACAUAUAUAUAUUAAUACAAUAUAAUGUGUGAUUGAAGAAGAGUUCCAUGUGCUAGUGCAUUUAUGUGACAGGUAUUGUCAAAGCAUGCACAGAAGAUGAACCGAAAUUGAUUUUAUAUUAGGUCGCUGCAUCACAGUAGGAUUUAAGCCACGUUUUGUUUUCAUUAGUGAUGUGAUAUUUUAUGUGUUAUGUCAAGUACCACAAAGUUUGACAAAAAACAGUAACACUUCUUUACAUAAGCACAUAAUGGAAAGGAUAUGUAUGUAAGGCUGAAAAUAGACCUGUUUUAUAUAUAGGAGAACUAUGUUGUUGAUACGUUGUUUUUAGAUUCUAUAUGAAAAGUUAAUGGGUCUCUAUGAACUCGUAACUUCUGUGCCAAUGUUUGCAUUAUUAUUGUUAUUUUUAUUCCAGUAGAUCACUUUAUUUUUCAUUGUUUUGUGGUAUAUAAUACACAAUGUGCCAAGAAUGCUUUUGAGCCAUUCAGUUUAUAAACAAGUAAAGAUGAUGGCAAUAAGAUUUAGCAUGAAGUUUUUUUUUUUUUCUCUCUCUUUUUUUUCCAGAAAAUUACUGUUGAAGUUGCUACUAGCUAAUCAGCAUUUCAUAUGAUGUAGCUUAUGGCUAUCUAUUACCAUCAAAAAGAAUUUAAAUUAUUUGCAUUAAACAUGUGAAAAUAGAGGACCUGGAAAUCAAAGUGAAACAUGCAAUUAUAUGUUUGUCAGGCUUAGAGAAGCAUAUCCAUGGCAGGUUUCAAUGGUAACAAGGGGGAACGUUAAGAAACUGUUGACUUAAAUAUUAGGAUAGAGAUAUCCUUUUCUGUCCAUAUGGCAUUCCCAUAAUAAAUAACGAUAUUAUUUUGAUGCCAACUCCAGAUUGAUUAUUAAAGAUUGUACAUGCACAAUACAAGUAUUAAUUAUUUUUAUAUAUAGUAUGAACUUUGAUGCAGUGAAGUGCACCACUUACAAGAUGGUCUGAACUUGAGCGCAUGAGAAAACAUAAUUGACAAAUGUGGUUAGGUGUCAUUUAUUUGUGUUAUUAUGAAUAUUAAUCAGUAUUUUAUUUUUUAUGUGGUUGAUUAAAGAAGUAAGUGUAGUUGACCUAUGGUGGAGUUCCACAAUCCACUGAAUGUACUAUUGUGUCUUUACUGCACCAUCCACUUUCAGGUAGCCUUCUCUUCUCCUUUGAAAUCCUCAAGAAUUGUUAUACCAUACAUGUGCUUCCCUCUUAUCUGUACAUACUCCCUUUUGAAAGAUAGUGCUAGUAAUGACAAUACUCAGGACAUAGUGGCUAUGAUCUUUUUACUUAAGGACUGAAUUCACUCACUCUUGACAGAAAGAGUCACUGGAGAAGCAAGUGACUUGUUGAAGGAGGAGAAAGAAAAGGCAAAAUAUGGGAAUGUAAUCUACACUGUAGAUGGGCUAAUCCAUGUGAGAGUGUAAUUGGUGUACCCUAUUCCUGCCUAUGCCUUAGCAGCAUCUAAGAAUUCACUCCUACACUCUUGAUAACAGUGUUCCAUUAAAAAUCUCAUCAUUUGUAAUACCCUAACUGUUUAUUUUCUGUAUAUUUUUUCCUUUAGCUGUUUCAUGCUAACAUUAAUGGACAAAUGUUGGUGAUAAGUGGUUUAAUUAAAUGCUUUAUAAGCAGUAUAAAAUGUUUGUUAUGACUGAUUGAAAUGUAUGUAGAUGGUAAAAUCCUUUUGCACAGGAAAUGUUAUUUCACAUGCUAUGUAUCUGUAUUAACAUUUCUGUAUUUCUCUAAGGAGCUAUAAUUUUGUGCUGAUAGUUUUAUGCACAUUUGGGUUUCAUACUAUCAAAACCAUAGUGAUAGUGUGCAUAAGACUAUAUUUUGUAGCAAAGGCUUGAAUUUUCAGUUUCUUGCACAUUGCACGGUUCAGAUAUUGGGCUUCAAAAGUUUAGGUGAAAUAAUUUUUUUUUUAUAUAGAUGUUAAGUAUAGAAUGUAAAUUAACAUUCAUUGUAUGGGGCUUUGCAUAAGAUGGGAAUAAGGUGUGGAUCACCUAACUGAAAGAAAACUGAACAGCUUGGUAAAUAGCCUACUCCAGUAACAGUGCAAGGGAUUUGUCUGCAGCUGAGCAAUAACCAUUAUUUUUGUAGUGACUUGCAUGCAAAUCCCACCCCUCUCCCUCUGGCAUCGGAAGGGAAUUGUAGAUGUGAAGUGCAUGACUGUAGAACUCAUAAUUUGUUAUAAGUUGAAACGUCAGGAGAUGUACAUUUAUGGAAGGGAAAGUUAUUGAUAUGAUAUACCAUUAAUUGAAUGAAAUUUAUUAGCAGAAAUCCAUCAGUAUGUCUAGCAAUAGCUUGCAUGUUUUGCAACUAAAAGAUUCUUGAUUUCAUAAGUUGAUUUACUAGACUUGUAGAAGGGAAACAAGUUUUCUGGAGUUCAUGAUUUAAUGUCACUUAAAAAAUGAAAAUGGAACAGUUUUUGCAAUAGGAAUGUGAAAUUAAAAGGUUGAUAAUGCUAUUUUAUUUCUUCUGUCAUUUAAUUUACUUAAAAUUUUGCAUUAAUCUAUAUCUGCCCAAUAUGACAAGUGACAUGUUUUGAUAAGAAAAAAAAUGUGAAAAAUGUAUUUUGCUUUUCAGUUAAUAGGCAGUGCAUACAGUAUUUUUAGUUUCUUUCAUUAUAUAAUGAAAUAAUGAAAUAAACUCUAGCCACUGUAUGCUUAACUGUUUGUUGUAAUUGUUCUCAAAAGCAAGCUGCAUAUGCCAGGAGCAUUCCCAUUCCAGAUUCAUGAUUAGUUUUUUGUUUCUUUAACUGGGGCAUUAUAGUUUAGGUGAUUAAUGUUGAUAUUUAUAGUAAUUUGGAGAGCAAGAGAGAUUUACACAGCAAUAAAGAUAUGUGUUUGGUAAAGGUACUCUUCAAUAUUAUUAGCUACUGGUGCUCAAAGAAUAUACAACAGGCUUUUUGGCUUUGAAUGUGACUAUGGAUUUGGUUGCUUGUUCUGUGUAAUGACAAGUUUAUGAUUUUUGUCUGAUUAUUCUCUUUUCUCCUUUGUUAUCAUAAUUUGUAUGGAGAUUUAAUGUUACUCUUUACGUUUCUGUUUAUUUAUGCAUUUAGUUAUUUUACUUCUUUUUUUUCUUUCUUUCUUUUUUCAUUGUAGCAGAGAUGCACUUGAGAGAAUGGUGAAGAUUGGCCAAAUGUAGCGUGUUUGAAUAACCAGCUUGUCGAUUAUUGGUUAUUUAUCAUCACCAAC